CCGGUUGCAAGUGGUCGCCUGAUGAGCGGAAGUGACUUGUGUGUGUGUGUGUGUGUGCAGAGAAGAACUUUUGGUUGUCCAUUCAGCGAAACGAAUCCCAUCGUUAUGAGCACUGUACGUGACAGCGACGCUGUUGGCGAUGUGGAAAUGGCAGUCGACACCGGAGCAAGUCUUGAUGGUAGAGCAGCGAAUGCUAACGAUACAGGAGGAAGCAAGGAUGAUGUCACCACCGGACAAGAAAUAGGCCUCAAGGAAAACGGGGUGAAGGAUGAGGGAUUAGAUAUCGGAGUGCAGCAUUUAACUACUCACGUGGACAAUUACUGUGGUGAAAUACCAGUCAAAUCACAGGACACAAAAUUGAAUGAUAUGAAUCGCAAAGAGAUCACCAGUAACACUUGGACAUCUGAAGAAUUGGAAGAUGACUGCAUUGUCGACUUUCUUGAUAAGAAUAAUGAUAAGGCAGAGGCUCGACUAGCAGCAAGAAGACAGGCAAGAGCUGAGGCGAGGGAAAUUCGCAUGAGGGAACUGGAGAGGCAGCAAAAGGAAAUUGAGGAGAAUGCUGACAGUGUGCAUGAUAUGUACAGAGAUCCGUCGAUUCGCUCUGCAAGAGUUGCUGCCACUGUCAGCGGUACAAGGAGCACUUCACUUGGCGGAACGAACAGCUAUCAGUCAAGUCGCCGCAGUUCAGAAGAUUCUCUUGAGGAAGGCAUUAGCCUCAGAGAUGUACGGCAAGAGCUCAAAGAGGUGGAGGAGAAGUUCCGCAAGGCUAUGAUACAGACUGCUCAAUUGGACAACGAAAAGUCAUCAUUCACUUACCAGGUGGAACUCUUGAAAGAUCGGCUGGAAGAUCUGGAGGAAGCCCAUUCACAGCUGCAACGAGAGCACAGAGAUAAAUGUAGGGAGCAUGACCAACUGAAGCGGGCGACAGUGAAACUGAGAGAGGAUCUUGAGAUCUACAAAGCUCAGUUGGAAGAGAGAGAUCGUCUGAUACAGGAGCAAGGUCUGAUGAUAGUAGGAGAUGACCAAGCAUCCAGUGAAGAGGACAGUAACAGUGCAGAAGAAGGAGGCAUUAACACACCCAAGCAAACGCCAAGGAGAGCUCUUGUGUCAGUUGAGUCUGCAGAACUUCUCCAAACUGCUGGAGGAGGCUCAUUAGAUGUCAGACUGAGAAAGUUUGCUGAAGAAAAAAAUGAGCUUCUGGACCAGGUUCGGCAUCUAAAGUUAGAGCUGGAGGAGGAGAGAAGCAGACACAAGUCAGACAGACAAAAAGGAUCUAGCAGUGUUAGUCUAAAUGGGCCAGACACAGACCUAGUGGAUAUUCAGAGAGAAGCUAACAAGCAACUCGGAGACUACAAGUUCAAACUUCAGAAAGCAGAACAAGAUGUGUCAACAUUGCAGGCCAAUGUGGCACGCUUAGAAAGUCAAGUUAUAAGAUAUAAAUCUGCAUCAGAGACAGCAGAAAAAGUUGAGGAUGAACUUAAAGUGGAGAAGAGAAAAUUGCAAAGAGAGGUGAAAAUGUUAACGGAGCGGUUGACGGUAGCAGAGGCAGCUAGAGAAGCUCUUCAGCAGCAAUGUGAUCGGUUAAAACAUUCAUUAUAUGCUACGUGAAUUACAGGCGCGAGUGGAAGAGCUGGAGACUUCCAAUACUCACCUGCAGCGGAGGCUUGACAAAUUGAAGAAUGCCAAGUCUGCACUUCUUAAAGAACUUUGAUAGUUGUCAUCUUCCCAGUUCUAGCCUUACAUGACAUGUCACAUCCAUCCUACUGCCUGCCUGCUUACCCACUCGAACGUACAAGAAGUACUGAAACGAAGGGUUGAACUGGGAUAGCUGAUGUCAGUGACUGGUAUAGAUUCUUCAACACACAUGUUCCUCGAGUCAGUAAUAUCUGUGUUAGACUGUAAUGCAGAGCAGUCGCAUAUAAAUAUUUAUACCAGUGUAUCUAUUUAUGUGUAAAUUUCUUUUGCCAUGCAGGCUUCAUCAGUUUUUGUAUAGCAUGAACUGAGCUUUAUAUAUUUAUAAAAAACUGAAUUCCAAAGCUCCUUUUUUUAACCAUAUUCAGACUCAAUAAUUAAAUCAAGUGUAGGAGGCAAACCUAUUUAUGAGCAAAAGUUACUGAAUUAUUCUUCUGAUACAACCUUUGUGAGGAUAUUUCAUGUUCAUGCAUCUGCUUGUUAAAACAUUUGUCUUUAAAAUUUGGGGCAUUGUGUAUCCUUUCUGUUUUCAGACGUUUUCCUGAUAGGAAAUAUAGCUGUAUAUAGGUUGCUGCCUGUAGGCUCUGUAUAUAUGUGUGUGUGUGUGUGCGCACAUUAAUGUCAAUCAAGGGUUCUGAAAUUUUUUAAAAUACCACAACUUAGAUGAGGUAAUUUUUGUAUAAAGUGGGAAGUAACUUUGCAACUAAACGAAGCAAUUUAAACCAAAUACUUGAUUAGUUAUUAAAAUUCUGGCGUGGUUUCCUCUACAAGCCACGAAACAAAAUAACUACCCAUACCAUGCCCACAAUUAUAAAAGAUAAAUGUAUAUUGUAUUGUAUUUUGCUUGUGAACCAGAUGUGAGGGUCUUUAAAACGUUUGUAGUGUAGUAUACACCAAGGUCCUACAUUAACACAAAACGUGGUUGAAAAUGGCUACUCACCUUAUUAUUUCAGUGUUCUAUUUUACUGUCAAUCUCCACUGUGCUCCAUGCGACUAAAAAAAUAAAUUCUAACCAUACCAAACACAUUCAUGUUCAGAGUAUUUGUCCUGUGCUUCUGAAGACCAGGUUCAUUUCCCCCACCCCCACCGUACUCAAGGUUCUUGGCUUCUAAAAUGCUACAUGAGUACAACUCACUUUCAGGCUAAUCUUUAAUCUUGCAGCAAGUGCACUGCACUGUGUUAGGCAAAAGUAUGUUUCAAGAUCAUAUAAAGCCUCUGUGCCAAUGACCAAACACUGCAUGAAAAUUGUGUAUCUAUUUAAAAAAAAUUAUGCUUGAGUAUCAUAGCUUGAUUACAAAAGGAAUACUAAAGAAAAGUACGUGAAAUUUUCUUCCUUUAAAUGUAGUAUCUUGCACAAUUUCUCAUGCUUCACACUUGUUUCAUGCUGUCAAUACAGUUGAAGUAUGAAAUAGAAUUGAAUUCAAAUAGAUGAUCAUGAAAUGUAUUUUAUGUCUCCAUCAAAGGACAGGAUGAAAUAACUAUUGUCUCAUAGUCUGUGGGUGUUAUAAACUGUUGAGGAAAAUUUAGAUGUGUUCGCCAGAAAUGUAAGUUACAAAGAAAUGUGUGUCAUAAAAUGUUAUUUAAGCUAACGCUGUACAUCUACAAAUGUUGCAUAUUCAGUUGGAAGACUGAAGUUAUAAAACAGCUUAUGUAGACACUUGAAUUCCUUAAUUAUUCUUGUUCUGAAUUAUUGCACAAGUUCAUACUGUUUGUACCUGUGAGCAGGAGGAUAUUCUGGUCUUCUAAAAUAUGAUCAUACAGUAAAUGUUACUGCCAGUUGAUUUAUUACAUGUUGAUAAUUUGAUAAAAUGCGGUAUUUUGCAAUGUCAAAUGCAGCAUGUUCAAAAUGAUAUGUUCUAAACAAAGUGAAAUUGAAGUAUAUCUCCUAAAAUGGUGUUUGAUUCAGUAUGUCCCCUGGAAUUUAUAAUUAGCUCAGUGGAUACAAAUAUUUUCUAAAAUAGUAUUUAACCCUUUAAAGCUCAGUGGUAAGUCUUGUUCCACUUGCUUCAACAAUCAGUAAUACUUUUUUUUUUGCAUUUACAGGUUUUGUGUGAUUCUCAUAAUAAAUAGCAGUUAUUUCUGUAAACAGUUUUAACCAUUUUAUCUUUGUAAUGGUGACAUGUUUCCUUACAGUUGAUGAGGUUGAGCUUCAAAGGACUAAUGUACUUAAAAGGUAUCACUUGUAAGAAAAGGGUUGAAUGCUUUAAAAGAAUUCAUGGUGUCCCCCCACAAAAAAUAAAAUGAAGACUUUGUUUUUAGCGGCUAAAGAAAGUUCUUACUGGCAUUUUUAAACAUUUACUAAUGUAUUCAGCAUUUUUGUAUCCCCUUUGAAAGAAUGAUGAAAAAUAUUGUUUUGGUAUCUGUGAGAUUUUGUCAAGCCAGUGCAAAAUAAGGAGUCUGAUUUUUGAGUUUGCACUUUAUAAAAACUCGGCAAUCUUUCCUAGAUCCAUUUCUUGUCAAAAUAACCCAGAUAUGUUGAAAUGUUCAAUUUGCUGGCUUCUUCACUUUGCUUUCAUGAUACAUUGUGGCAGAACAAGUUUGUUUUCUGUUUAUGCCUUACCCUUUUUUGUCCCCAGGGGAUUUUCACAUUUUUUUGGUGAUUGGAUUUCAGAGAUAAAAAUGUGAUACUAUUAAAGUAAUUCAAAUUGUAAAUGAAAGUCUGCAUCUAUUAUUAAUAUCAUGAAAUAACCUCUUUUUCUCUUAUAUUUUUAGAAGGAAGAGUUUUUGUUUUGGAUAUAGUAAUUGGGUACUUUUUUUUGUAAACAGCUUGUGUAAUUAGAAGUUAAUGUGCUCUUGUCUUGACAUAACCAAUUUCUUACCAUGGAAAUCUCAGUCAUUCAUUUGUAUUUAUUAUCAAUAAUGUCAUUGAUAGUAAAUAUAAUCUUCAGUUAUUUAUAAACUGACCUCUGAAUAUGCUUGUGCAACAGGUUGUGAGCUUAAAUUUGGCUUGUGUCAUGAAGGUACUGAAAAUAUAAUGGGCAGAAUAAUCUUUUUGAGUUUGUACUGGUUUACACUGGUACGUACACGAUACUUUGCAUGUAUGUGUUUAUGAUUUUUUUUUGCUCUGUACUUUUUGAAUAUUGUUUUAUGAUAAUGAAUUUUUUGUGUAUUUGUUGUGUGCAUACCAAAAUGACCAUUUCAUUUGCGUGUAAUAUAGGCAAUUUUAUCACAUUUUAUUUAGAAUCUUGCAAGCUUUUGGGUCUGUGGUUUCCUCAGCUCUGAAUACAACAAAAUACAAAUUUUACUCAGUCCUUGCAACAAGAGGAUUAUCAAAGAGAAGAACAGCUACAGACAAGGAAGCAUGGUUUUUGACUGUUGUAAGGUUUUUUCAUGCAAAUGAACACUUCCAGUUGAUUCAACAUCCCCAAAACUAAAGGAGUUCUUUGGACAUGAUCCUGUACUUAUUCCAUUCGUGUCUUAUCACAGCCUAUUUCCAUAUGCUCUGUAUACUUCAUCUUUUGACACAUUUCUCCAGUAAAAUACAGUAUAUAUUUGAUGUUUUUAAUUUAAGCUAAAUGAGGAAACAAAUACAUUUGGGGUAGAAAUUUAAGCUAAGUAUCUGCCCCAAAAUGUUCUGUUGGCCUUUUCUGUAACUAAACUGAACUAUCCAAGAUCAUCCCACUUUUGUUGUCCCUCUUAAAUCCAAAUAUUCUUAAUUUUGAAACACUUGUAAUUCAUAUUCCUGGCUUGUAGUAAAAUACUUCUUUUUUAAUGACCAUACCAACCUACUGUCAAAUGUUCUCUACCUACAAUACUCCAUGUUGUCACAAUACAUAUGAUCACAAUUGACAGCUUCACUUUCAUGAGAAAAUGUAUGCAUAUAAUCUUCAAUAUUCAAGAAAGUGGAUGGGAUGGUGACAAUUACCAAACUUUAAGCAUCUGAGUCAUUCAUCUACUGAUUUGAUAAUCAACCACAUUUCCUUUGUCAUAUUCUUGUAGAGAGAAUUAGAGGAAGCUGAAGACUGAACCUUUUCUACAUUGUACUAAUUAUAUGAUGCAGUGUGGAUGUGAUUGAGUGAAUUUGUGAGAGAGAAAUGAAAUUUAAAUAUUUUGGAUUAUCCAUGUAUAUGAUCAUUUGAGCUUUGUCUGUCCUCAUUUGGCCUGGGUGACCGAGAAUACACGAUACGUUAUUCUUGAAGCUAAAGUAUUACUCCUAGUAAUUCUAUCUAUACGCAGGAGCAAGGUUGUUGAUACAUUUAUAAGUUAGUGAAUAUUCCAUGAGCUGUACUAUAUUAUGAAGAACUUUCAAACUUUUUGAUUCCAUUACAUGAAGGGAAAGAAUAAUUCUGUUCAGGUAACUUACUGGUCAGUGGUAGACAGUUAAUAUUGUAGGAACUCCAUAUGUUUUAUCCUUCUUAUGUGUAAACAAGGAAAUGGCACAUGUCCAUUUUCACCAACUUGAUGAAUGCAGUGAAAACAGUCAUUAUCUUGUUUAUUUUGCUCGCUGCAUUACUCUUCAUCAGAGCCAUCUUCCAAUGGUUGUACAUGCACUUAUGUUACUUAUGACAGACUUACUUAUAUUUUACAAAUUGUGAAAUAUAUGAAAUUUGUCUUCAAAUUUUAGUGAUUUAAGGCUUCACUGUAUAAAAAUUUUGCACUUUUAUUGAAGUAUAAUGCCUAGUAAAAGCCAUAGUUGCUGAAUGCUUCAUAAAAAUUAAAAUAAUGGGCUCUAAACACACAUAUUUCAUUAAUCAUUUAUUUGGGGGGAAAAGCAGUUCUCACAUGUGGGAAGAGAAACCAUCACAUCUGAAAACAGUGGAAAGCAAUUGAAAUUUAAACUGUUUUGAUUCAGAUUAACUAAUUUGCACUGAUAAACUUAGUUUCCAUUUCUGGUUGAUAAUAUAAUUCAGUUGCUAUUGUGAAGUAGCUGGAUUUAUCCGAAUGAUUUGUAUCCUCAUGAAAUUUAAUGUAUUUUGCAAGUUGCCUGAUGGUGCUGCUGUUGCAAGUAUCAUUGUUAACAGUGAGCUUGUGGUGUCAGUGCUGUUUUUAAAUGCUGUUAUUUUCAGUUCACUAAUUGACUUGUGACAUGAUUUAGGUGCCAAUACUUAGAAUAGUGUUAAUAUUCAAGCACACGUGCAGAAUAAAAUGAAAUGUUUCAUUUAGCAAACUGUAAGGAAAUCCAAACUGUUGUGAGACAGUGUUUCUCAAACUGCAGGUUGUAGACGGUCAGUGAUUUUAUGAAAAAUGAAGUGUCAUACAGUUUAAAGAUAGAUAGAUAGAUAGUCUGUCAUUGAGCUUAAGAUAGUAUUAGGACACAGUUUCAAGCUCAUAAUAGCAUUUCACUAUCCACAUUGUUCAGCUCUUGGUAUAUCAACUUUACUUCCAUUUUGUCAUAUUUAGGAAACAAAGUAUUGUGACUUUACAUUUUAUUAUUUAUUCUUUUAUUUAACAAUGUGUCAUCAACAGUAUAUGUUCCAUUGAGUAUUAGAAUGAACUGGGGUGAUAUAUUGGGAAGGGCUUGGAAGGAAGCAGUUGUGACCUAGCAUUUUGAGAUUCAAACUGUGGAUAUUCCAAAUAAGAGGCAGGAAUGGUAACAUCUGCUUUGUGACAUAUGGUCAGUUUUCUAUUGCUAAGAAAUACAACAGUGUAAUGUUUAAAGAAUUAAUCCUGUAACUUUGGUGGAUGGAUGUAGAAUGGUGGUAGGCAGGGGUCACAGAAUGAAGUUUGAGAAUCACUGUAAAAAAUUAACAAGACGCCAUCAGUUAUUGGCUUACUAAUGUAUGGUGAUAAAAUGAACCAUUUGUAGGAUUGUAUCUGUUUUAAAGCAGUAGCACAGUUAUGAUUCAGACAAGUCUUGUAAUUUAUCUGUGAGUCAUAAUUUUGCAUUUAACUAUAUUUGAAAACCUGUGUUUGUAUAAACUAUAAAAACAUCACUGAUUAAGUUGUAUAAAGGUGACAGUGUAAUAAAAUUAUAUUUAUGUGAUUAACACACAACAGGAUGCCACAAUACAAGUCCCAAGUUUGUAUAUUUGACAUCAUUUUCUAAUGUGGUUACAAUUGUACAGAUUUAUAUAUGUGCUUAAUUAAUGCUUCCAAGUAUCAUGGUAUAAUCAUAUGUAUUGUACAGUAAAGAAUUGUAAUAUAUUAA